AGAAUGUCUCCUAAUGUUGCCCACGGAUCCCAUGAAGACGUGAGUUCACUUUUAUCCUUUACUACUGUGCUGCAGUAUGAAUGUGACGAAGGAUAUGUUCUGGUUGGAGAAGCUAAAAUCACCUGCAGAAAUUCACGCUGGUUCUCCAGCCCUCGGUGUAAAGCUCUGUGUCUGAAACCGGAGAUAGGAAAUGGCAAUCUGUCUGUAGAUAAGGAUCUAUAUGUUAAGCCUGAAAAUGUCACUGUCCAGUGUGACUCUGGCUAUGGCGUGGUCGGCUCUCAAAGUAUCACCUGCUCUGAGAAUGGAACCUGGUACCCAGAAGUGCCCAAGUGUGAGUGGGAAGUCCAUCAGGGCUGUGAGCAAGUGCUAGCAGGCAGUAAAUUCAUGCAGUGUCUCUCACGCCCAGAGGACGUGAAAACAGCCCUGCAGGUGUAUAAGCUGUCUCUGGAGAUUAAACGACUGCAGCAAGAGAGAGACUGAAGAGGAACUCCAGUUAGAAAUCAAUAUAUCUAUUUUUUCCUCCCUCCUCCCCACAAAAAUAGAGAAGUGGGUACAUUUCCCUUAUUAGCAACUUUACUAUUCCUUAAAUACUACUAUUUACUGGAAAAAAAUUUAUCUAUGUUAGGUGAAUCUUGAUAUUCUUAGUGCCACCGAUAACGUGGAGCUAUUGCUUCAGGAGUUUCCUAGGUUUGGUGCUUUCCUGGGUUUGGUGGAAUGGCCGAAAUAAAUAACCACCUGUCAAAAAUCCAGUGUCUUUGUUUCCACUUUGAUUCCUGUGUAAUGAAAAAUUAGGGCCCUAUACAUAUCACUUCCUCAUGUU